CAUCUUCCCUUCGCAACUUUGAAUCGGACAUCUGCUUUCUGAUCUCUCAGAGGACUCGGAUGGAUUCUUUACGCGUCUUCUUCUUCUUCUUCAUCAUCUCCACCUGGGGCCUUCUGCCAGGUGACAACACGCCACUGUUGUCAUGGGCCGUGCGCGUGCUUUAACCUGGACACCAGGCGAGCGCAAAUCUUCCGAGGCUGGGAGGAGAGCCACUUCGGCUACACGUUACGACAAUACAGCGCGCAAGGACGACAGUGGCUCCUGGUGGGCGCCCCCCUGGCCUGGACGGACGACCAGCAGACAGGUGACGUCUUCAGGUGUCCCAUGGACGACCAAAGCGCUCUGAACUCGGGCAGCGCCUGCAGCCGCCUGCACCUGGGAAACGUAUCCGUGGACAACGUGCUAGCGCCGCGUAAAAGCGGGAUGAGGUUGGGAAUGACGCUCACCGCUGAUCACAAGGACGGAAGCUUUGUGACGUGCGGCCCGCGCUGGUCUCAUGAGUGCGGGAGCUCCGUGUACACAUCGGGAGUCUGCACUCACGUGGGAGCCGGCUUCCAAACGCUGGAAACUGUCACGCCCGCAUUCCAGAGGUGCGAGACCUUUGUGGACCUGGUGAUGCUGGUGGACGGCUCCAACUCCAUCUACCCAUGGACGGAUGUCACAGACUUCCUGGUCAACAUUCUGCGCAAGGUUAACAUCGGCCCCGGGCAGACGCAGGUUGGUGUGGUGCAGUAUGGCUCCAGGGUGGUUCACGAGUUCCGCCUGGGUGAGCACCAGACAAUGGAUGAGGUCCUGCAGGCGGUCGCUGACAUUAGACAACGAGGAGGGGAGGAGACCCGCACGGCGUUAGCCAUCAACAUGGCCGGGUCACAGGCAUUCAAGCGCGGCGGCCGUCCCGGUGCUCACAAAGUUUUGGUGGUAAUCACAGACGGAGAAUCUCACGACAGUCCUCAGCUCGAUGACGCCGUCACACGCUGCAAACGCGACAACGUCACCAUGUACGCCAUCGCGGUUCUGGGCUACUACAACCGCCGCGGCAUCGACCCGUCGGCAUUCCUGAAGGAGAUCCGCUUCAUCGCCAGCGACCCGGACCAGGAUCACUUCUUCAACGUGACGGACGAGGCGGCGCUCAAGGACAUCGUGGACGCGCUGGGAGAGCGAAUCUUCUCACUUGAAGGAGGCGACGGGCUGGGUCGAGGCUUCGGCCUGCAGAUGGCGCAAGCAGGAUUCUCCUCGCACCUCCUGCAGGACGGCCUUCUGCUGGGCGCGGUGGGCGCGUACGACUGGAACGGCGCUGUGCUCAAGCGCAACUCGCGUGGCGGCGGAAGUCUCCUUCCCGACCUGUCGGCGUACGGUGACCAGUUCCCCGAGGAGCUCCGAAACCACGCCGCCUAUUUCGGGUACUCUCUGGGGUCACUGGUGGGCUGGCACGGCUCGGAGGUGCUGCUUGCGGGAGCGCCCAGGUUCAACCACACCGGCAAGGUUGUCGUCUUCACCUUGGAUCCCCGUGCAAACGUCAAGGUCCUGCAGGCGCUCGUGGGAGAGCAGAUGGGUUCUUACUUUGGCAGCGUGUUGUUGUCAAUGGACGUGGACGGCGACGCGCAGAGUGACCUCUUCCUAGUGGCAGCGCCCAUGUACUGCAGUCACGAUGCGCAUGAGAUGGGAAAAGUUUACGUCUACAAACUUAGCACACGUUCCCAGGCUUUGUUGGCGUUGCACGGGGCGCUGCUUCCGUCACCUUCUCUGGAUUCCCGCUUUGGCGCAGCGCUGGUCCAGAUUCCUGACGUGAACGCGGACGGCUAUAACGACUUGGCGGUGGGCGCGCCGCUGGAGGAUGACCAUCAGGGAGCAGUCUACCUGUAUCAUGGCCACCGUAGGAGCCUUCACAUGCGCCACACACAGCGCUUUUCCGCUGCCAGCCUCGACUUGGGACUCAAAUACUUUGGGCAAAGUCUUGAUGCCGCCAAGGAUGGCGACGGCGACGUGAGCGUGGCCAUCGGAGCGCUGGGAGCCGCCGUCGUCGUUCGGUGUCGGCGGGUAGUGCGUCUGGAACCCACACUAACGUUCGAGCCCGAGAAGGUGAACGUUUUCCACAAGGACUGCUGGAGAGGAGGGAGACCGGUCACUUGCAUGGUCGCCAGAGUGUGCCUGCAGCUUCACGACGUGGCCUGCACGCGCGCCGGCAUCACACGCCACGUCGUCGCUGUACGUUACCAUCUGAAUUUGGACGAGAAACGAGUUCCUCAUCGAGCUGUUCUCGAUGAACGCGAACGUCUUCAGACGCAAACCAUGACCCUGACGACAGGAGUUGAACAAUGCCAACGUCACGCCUUCACAGUGCAGGACACCAUGGAUUACAGCCGUCCAAUCGCGGUGGGGCUGGAGACGGGGCUAUGGGCUGGAGACGACGGGCCGUUGCUGGACCCCGAUUGGCCGACGGCACUGAAGGCCGAGCUUCCAUUUUGGAACGGUUGCACACAUGAAGAAGCCUGCGUUCCAAACCUCAUCACUGACAGUUUCACCGACCUCACAAGUGUCCAACACUUGUGCGCUUCCUCAGAGGAGUCGUGGCGGCGGGCAUGCCGCCAGCAGGGGGCGGCGCUGGGGGCCGGCGGCAGCGCGUGGGUGAUAGAGACACGGCGGAGGAGGGUGGCACUCUUCACCCGCCUGGAGAACCACGGAGAGAACGCCUACGGGACAUCCGUCCUGCUCUCCACAUCGCCAAACCUGAUCUUCGCCGGCGUGGUCGUCAAGGACCAGUCAGACACGCAGAUGGAGUGCUUCCCACAAGAAAACAAUCAAAGCAGAUGCAACAUCAGCGCACCUCUCAUGAAGGCCUCGUCUCAGGUAUUUUUCCGAGUGGAGUUUGAGUUCAGUUCUUCGGUCUUUCUGGACCACCUUCAUAUCGCUGUGGCAGCCAGCAGUGAAGGCAAAGACGCUUUUCCCGAAGACAACAAAAACGACAUCAUCCUCCCUCUCAAAUACCAAAGCGAGCUCCUCUUCACCAUAGAUCGACGCCCCUCUCGCUUUGUGAUCCAAUCAGAAGACGACAACGACGACGACGACGUCUUCCCCACCUUCAACGUCUCCUUCUACCUGGAGAACCUGUCGUGGUUCCCUGUUGAGGGUGUGACGUUCAGGGCUGACCUUUGGGCCGUGAGUCUCCAUGGCAACCGUCUGCUAAGCCUCACCCACUGCGGCUUGGACCGGAACGUGGACGCUGGCCGAGACCGGGCGCAGGCAGCCGCCUCUUGCGUCCUGACGCAGCCCGCCACGAGCGAUCACGCCACGGCGGAGGACCUUACACGCCUGACGCAGAUGAAUCAGAGUAACAGUGCGUGCGUGACGGUGCAGUGCAUUGUACGUCUUCCCGCCUACAAGCGGGUGAAGUUGACUCUCGGAGGAAGACUCCAGCGAGCAGUCCUGCAAAAGGUGGUCUUCAAGUCUCUUGAGGUUUUGGUCAGUGCACAUGUCCAAUUGGAUGCCUCCACUUCUUUCUUCUUGCAGGAGGAGCGUCCAGUCAGACAGACGGUGGUGGAGCUGACAAAGGAGCGGGCGUCCGAGGCCAUCUUGGUGGCCGUUUUCCUGGGCAGUUCAGCUGGAGGCUUUCUCGUGCUCGCUGUCAUUGUGCUCGUGCUCUGGAGGCUGGGCUUCUUCUCCAGAAAGAGGCGGAAUCAGGAGCAGGCCGAGUCAGCAGCUAAUGGCAAGCCAGGAGAGGGACUGUGAUGAUACCAUGGCAGCAGCCGCAUGCAUUGGCAUCACUAAUGAUGUUUCUAGUCUUUGAGAUGGGGCGGCCAUCUGACCUUACAGCACCAUGGCCACGCCUCAUGUAGUUACUUCUAUGAAGAUGGCCACUAGGGGGCUCCCUAGUGGCUACUGGCAGCCAUAUUGGCCACUGACGUUCGCAAUGACCCUUGAUGUCAGCUCAGCUCAGCAGUUCAUUUUUGCAAUGGGCAACUUACCAUUCAUCUAAAUGAGCAUUUAAGGUUGGAAGAAAUCAAAUAAGAAACGUUAGCUUUCAUAAGA